AUGCUUGAUCUAUUUGCUUGGAAUGGUGAAAUCUUCAUUUCGGAUAAACUAACUUCGGGUGAACGAAAAGCUUCAUACACGCCAGAUCGAGCAACAAUGCCGUCUAGCAACCUCGUCAGACUAUUCCAUUCGUCUUCAAGAGUUUGCAACUAUUCUAAUUUGAACUUGACACUCUUUUCAAAAGAUAAUUGUGGUUUGUGCCUUAAGGCUAAGGAUGUGAUGAACAAAAUACUCAAAGAUAACGACAAUUUGAGAAAUAAAGCCAAUUACACAGUUGUGGAUAUUGAUGAUUCCAAGAACAAGGAAUGGUGGGAUAAAUAUUGCUUUGACAUUCCAGUGCUUCACUUAGAGGAUCGCACAAAGAAUGAUUCUUUGUUAAAGAUUUUUCAUAAACUCGAUGAGAGCGAAACCAUCAAUAAGAUUGAAAACUACAAGUAA